AGGACCUGGCAGAAGCCACAUACUCCAGCAGCCUCAGCACCAGCUGAGUUUCAGGAAGAAGCAUUCGGAUUCUGUGAACUUUCUUCUAAGCAUCCUCUCUCUGAUUCCGCUUUUGAGUAAAAGAAGGGGAACAGCAACGGGGACCAGAGGACGGAAAACCACAGAGGAUGCUGCCCCGGGAUCCAGGAGCCAUGGAGGAGGAGAGGCCGGGGGAGGGGACGAGCCUGGGAGGCAAUCUGUUCUCCUGAAGCAGCAAGCGGGGAUUCCAUGACAAGGAGACCCGUGUCUGCUGCAGAUGGAUGGCUGUGUCCUUGGAACAGAAGGGAAUUCUGCUUCUGCCUGCUGAGCACAGAGCCCGGCUGCAGGAGAGGUGCUGGCUCGGAGAAGUCGCCUGAGCUCUCCUCGCUGCCCAGCGCCCCACCCCACCUGUCCAGCACCUCCGGGAUGCAUGGCUCUUUCCAGCCUCAGUGGCCGACAGUGGGGGUCCCUUGGGGUCCCUCCCUCCCUGGGAACUUCAGUAGCCAUGGAGGCUGAGGACUGAGGCUUUCAGAUGCCCAUGGAGAACGCCCCCGGCUCCCUUCCCAAACACCCACCCCCAGGACCCUCCUGGGCUUGAGCCCUCUGGGCCACCAGAAGAGAUGGCCUCUGAGACCUUGAGUGUGGGAGACUCGGAUGCAGCCCUGGCCUCCUAACCAGUCCCAGGCUUGGGACAGGGCUUAGGGUUUUUCAGACAUGCCAGGACCUUUACAAGACACUUUUCUUGCCUUCCACUGCCCCUCCCACCUCUCAGACACAGUCCAGAGAGGAGCACCCAGCAGUCAUGGGUGAGAGGGACACAAAAGGCCUGCAGGGACCCUUCCACAACCUGCUGGCAGUUGGUCCAGCCACAUCCUCGUCUCCUUCCUUUCUUAAGUUUUGAUUAACUUUUCAGACCCUGGGGGACAUCUACUGGGUGUCUCACCCCUGAGGCUCCAAAGAGGACUCCCUGUGGAUCUCACCGAGGGAGCCCUCUGGUACUCAGAGGCUCCUGGGAAAGGCUUGAGCCAUGAGACCACGUGCUCCAAAGCCCCACCUCCCAGGGUUCUGGCCCCCAAUGGAGCUGCCUUUCUGAGCCACUGGCUCUUGAUUCCAUAGACGCAGCCCCAGCCCCGAUGGGCUCCCUUCAGCACCGUCGUUGCCAGCAGCCUAAGAUGGGUGAUGCCUGGUCCCGGCUGCCCUGGCCUGGGCCCCCCUGCCCAGCCAUGCUCCUGGUCUCCCUCCUCUUGGCAGCAGGGGCGAUGCACUCAGGGGCCAGCACCAGCUGCCCCGUCCUCUGCACGUGCCAUGAGCAGGUGGUGGACUGCAGCAGCCAGCGGCUCUUCUCGGUGCCCCCAGACCUGCCUAGGGACACGCGCAACCUCAGCCUGGCCCACAACCGCAUCGCGGCCGUGCCGCCAGGCUACCUCACCUGCUACGCGGAGCUCCGGGUGCUGGAUCUGCGCAACAACUCCCUGGUGGAGCUGCCCCGGGGCCUCUUCCUCCACGCCCAGCGCCUGGCACACCUGGACCUGAGCUACAACAACCUCAGCCACGUGCCAGCCGACAUGUUCCAGGCCGCCCACGGCCUCGUGCACAUCGACCUGAGCCACAACCCGUGGCUGCGAAGGGUGCACCCGCGGGCCUUCCAGGGCCUGGCGCAGCUCCGGGACCUGGACCUCAGCUACGGGGGCCUGGCCUUCCUCAGCCUCGAGGCCCUCGAGGGCCUGCCGGGGCUGGUGACCCUGCAGAUCGGAGGCAACCCCUGGGUGUGCGGCUGCACCAUGGAGCCCCUGCUGAAGUGGCUUCGGAAUCGGAUCCAGCGCUGCACGGCGGAUUCUCAGCUGGCUGAGUGCCGAGGUCCCCCGGAAGUCGAGGGUGCCCCCCUCUUCUCCCUCACUGAGGAGAGCUUCAAGGCCUGCCACCUGACCCUGACCCUGGACGAUUACCUCUUCAUCGCCUUUGUGGGUUUCGUGGUCUCCAUCGCAUCCGUGGCCACCAACUUCCUCCUGGGCAUCACCGCCAACUGCUGUCACCGUUGGAGCAAGGCCAGCGAAGAGGAAGAGAUCUGACAUGGGUGCCUGGUGGCCCUCCACGCUGCUGACCGCCACUGCCGCUGACCACUGGGCACCCACCCUGGCUGCCCGCUCUGGCUCCGUGGUGCCAGGGGCCACCUCUGUGCAGAAUAUGACUCCCACUGACUCAAGCAAGGUCAGGAAACUACUUUCGUGUGAGUGUCUGCUGUGGGCCAGGCACCGUGCUAGGAACUGGGACCAUUAGAUGAAUCAGACCUAGUCCCUGCCCUCCAGCACUCACCUCUAAUAGAGGAGAGAGAUUCGAAAACUCUUGCCUUUAAGACAUUUGUCAGCACUCUGAGCACAUAGUGAUGGAAGCCCAGAGCACAGGUCAUCAACCGUGCCUAGAAAAGCCCAAGAGAAUUACAAGAGUGGAAGUGCUUUGUGAACUGGGUCAUCUAACAGUGUCUGCUUUGUCAGGUAGAUGAAGAAUGGCAGACAUAAGCAAAUGACAGAGGCCAGAGCGAGCCUGGCGUGUUGAGAACAGUGGACACUCCCUGGUGACUUUAGUAUACAGAGUGGGAGUGGCAGGAGACCAAAGCUUUCCCUCUGGCCCGCCAUCUGCCAGCUCUUGGCAUUGCCCACCCCUGCCUCUGGAGGGUGAGAUCCCCUCCGAGCCAGCCCCCUGAGCCUCUUCCUACCCACAGCUACUAGGUGAGACCGCCUCCUGCUGGCUGGCCCCAUCCUACAUGGCCAGUGUUGCCUGCUGGCGAGGCCCCGGGUAGCAAACUGAGGAUGGACCCUUUCUCCUGCCCCCGUCUCCUGCCUCUCACUGGAGCGUGGGCUUCAGAGAGGGGACCAGCAGCGCGGCAGCAGGAGCCCUGGCACCCUGGGAGCCCUCAUCUUGCGACUGUUCUUGCCACGGUGCUCACACCACGGGGCCCGACCAGGGAAGUGCGCGGUAGGCUGCAGCCCCGGAGCAGGACGGUACCCAGGACCGAGGGAAGAAAGAAUCACCACAGUUGUGACCAGAGGAGGAUUUGCUCUUCCUUCUAAGCGACUGGACUGUCAAGCACAAGGGUGAGAGAGCUGUUAAUUACCAAACACUUGCCAGUGUCAGGCACUGUGAUAAGCUCUCUCCACAGAUAGUCCCCUUUCAUGCACACAGCAUCUUCCCAGGCGAGCAUGGUGGUCCCCAUUUUACAGAACUUAAGGAAGUAAGGCUCAGAGAGGUUAAAGUCACAUGCUACUUAACGAACAAAAUAAAGUCUGUGCUCCUUCUGCUACCCAUCCAGGCUGGGGAGCCUCAGAACUCCCUCUAACGUUUGUCUAAGUUCAAAGUCAAUAGUGCUAAUGAAGCUCCCCAAAAAGACCAGGCACUCUCCUGGGCACGUUUAACUCUGUGGACUCGUUUAUUUCAAUUCUCCCAGCAGCACUGCCUAGUGGUUUUUAUUAGUCCCAUUUUACAGAAGAAUUCACUGUAGAGGGCUGAGUGUCUUACCCCAAGUUAUCUGGGACAAACUCUAGAGGGAAAGUGAUAGGCAGCUCCAUUCAGGGAAACUGUGUCUAAUCCGUCAGUCAAAACAUCAAGUAACUUCACGAGCAAAGCACAAUUGUCAUCAUGAUGUCAUCGUCUUCACCUUGGCCAUCAGUUUCAUCAUCCUCACGAUUAUCUUCCCUGCGUUUGUUCAGCGCUGGACAGUUUAUGAAGUACUUUGACAUCGUUCUCCUUGACUUUUUAUGCCCCUGUGUGGGAGGCAAACCAAACAUCAUCACUCCUGUUUUACAGAAGGAAAAACAGAGACUCAAGAGCGGGUGGGACUUGACUCCGUGGCAGGGUGGGGGCUCAACUCCAGCGCUCUCUUUCCAGUGCUUCCCCAGGUGCUCGAGGAGGAAGAUGCCUGGGAGGGCUGGGUAGGGGGGCCCUGGGAUUCAGCAGCCAUGAAGGUCCUAAUGGAUCAUCUAAAUAAAGGGCAGUAAAGCUGGCUGCCUUACUGACUGAGAUACACUCAUGUUAAGGCAAAUCGCAGCCUCUGAAACGGAAGUAGCACAGAGCGCAUCUGAAAAGGAGACACCCACCUUGCAACAUGUAAAGAACACACCAGAACAGGUGGCCUUGGGGGCAAUCGUGCAAAAAAAGGUGAGAUCUCUGGGAAACAGAAGAGGAAGCUGUGUUAACCCAUCCGACUUGAGCUCUGCUGUGCUGUGUUGGAAGAGAUACAAAGGGAGCAGGAAAGCAGCAGGGUGAGGACCUCAACAGGAGAUGGGGGGGCCUCCAGGCACAGCCCAGCACGUUGGCAAGGCUGGUGGGGACUGGAAUUAACACAGGGACUUUCUGCUUUGCCCCUGGCUCCAGCAAGCUUGCAUCACCCAUCCUCCAGGCAGGCUCACAAGGAAUGAAGCAGCAGCCUUCCCCUCCUCAUGCUUCCCUGAGCUGGUCAACCAAAAGCAUGCCCGAAGUUUGCCAGACCUGGGUACUUGAACUCUGUGUCUCCUGCAUCUCACUUACAACAUCUGGGAGCAGAACUGUGCCCUCUUUUCUGCCGCUGUACCCUGGGACGGCCGACUGGGGCUGCUUUCCACCAACCAAGCUCACAGCCUAAAGUGUUUGGGGAGGAACUUAUAGAAAUGAUGGUUCUGUCAUGAAUAGUUAAACCUCCUGCAGAGGGGCACCAUAUACAUCUAUCAUACUCUCUUAGAGACUCUGGUUUGCUGAAAUAUAGCUAAUAUAUUUUAAGACAUGUAAUCUUUUUUCAUAGAACUAGACCAAACAAGCCAGCCCUCGAGAUCAAACGUCCUUUCUAAUAAUACUAUUUAGCUCCCAUCAAUGGCAAACUUUUCUGAGUAGGAUACAGGCUUUUAAAGAACAGAUGCUUAUCCAGCUACUAGGAUGUCCCCAGUUAACUAAAUCACACUGGAGAAAGCACUUAACUUCCCUACUGCCAAGGGAUUCCCUGCUUCUCCCCUGCCCCGCACCAGCCCGUCUUGUGCAGGCUGGCAGAAGCAAGCUUCUAGAAGUAAUCGAACAGUCUUGGUGGGAACUGUUCCCAUGACCCUGCUGACCAAGGGCCAUGGUGUUGCUCCUACAAGGUUUCAUCAUGCUUUUUCCCGACUGGUUAACAUGUAAGUGUUGGGGUAUCUCUGAGUCCCUGUGCGUGUUGAUGAGGUUUCAUGGAUGUUGGGUGUCUACUGGAGAGGGGCCAAUGCCUCUGGAGCCCGAGUUCAUGUCUCUGACACCGUUUACUCAGCUAUCAGUUUCUUGUAUCACUUACUACACUAAGAUGGAAUCCUCUUAGGGUUGGGGUUGGAAUAGCUGCUCAGAAAAUACAAGAUUCAUAGACGUGGUUGGGGCAGUCUAAUGACAGUCAGGCUGCUUCCCUCAGUUCUCUGCACUUCAGAGGUCUGUCCUCAUCACAGAAGCUUUCUUCACUGAAAGGAUAGCAAAGACUCGCUAACCAACAGGGUUAUGAUGGUCAAGAUCUGGGCCAAGCAAAUUGUUCUUUAGAAAAGACCAGACAUCUAUACACCACUGCUCUGGACCAAUUGCCUCCGGUCCCCCUAUGACAAACCUUCAUCUGUUACUCUACUCCUGCAAAGGAUCCCAGGAAACCCUGCAGACAUAGGUCCCCUGAGUUGCUAUAGAGUUUGCUGGCUCCUUUCAAGGAGCUUGGUGUAUGGUGGAAUUUGAACAGACCAAGACAGCUACUUCUCCAUCAGGGAAGACCUAGAGCUCUCAUUCGCCCCUCUAGACGUCUUUUGUUUAUAUCACUUUGACAUCCUUUCCAGACCUAGAAGAGUAGGAGACACUUCUGUCCAUUCCUCAGAAGCACAUCUUCCCAAAGCUAGAAAAAGCCAUCCACUGUCCCCACUCCAGAAGGAGGCAAAAGGGAAGCGAAGGAGGCAAGUUGCAAGGCCCUUUGUAAAUCACCAUCCUGUUUGCCACAGCACUGGGUGGCGAGCUCUGGAUCCGCAGAGCUCAGUUGUGGCAUGCUGAUGUCGGGGGUGGGAGGGUUAGGGCGGGGUAGGGAAAGGGAGGAUGCUAACCUUUGUAUGGAGAUGAUUUUAU